CCGAUCAACGAGGUAUUCUGAGGUCAUUCUUAAAGUCGACACCAACCUCCAAACUAUCUUCUAUCAUCAUGCCUUGCAAGAAAGACGGAACCAACACCCAGACGCGUUCGGUCCCGGACAAGUGGGACGCCUCUAACAUCCCAUCGUUGAAAGACAAGAUCGCUAUCGUGACUGGAGCCAACUCUGGUAUUGGCUUCAUCACAGCCAUCGAGCUUGCUCGUCACGGCGCAGAUGUUGUUCUGGCUUGCCGCAAUCCCGAGCGCAGUGCUGCUGCCGCUGAGGCCAUCCGAGAAGAGAUCAAGGCAGAUCCAGGCCACGGUCGUAUCGAAGAGAUCACGUUGGACACGAGCUCACAAAGCAGUGUCAAGACGUUCAGUGACGAGUUUCUGAAGCGCCAUCAGAAACUCGACAUCCUCGUGAAUAACGCUGGUUGUAUGGGCUUACCAUACAAGAAAAGCUCCGACGGCUUUGAGCUCAUGGUAGCAACCAACCACUUGGGACCCUUCACGCUGACUGCGUCAUUGAUGGACGCCUUGAAGCGUAGCCCGUCAGCUCGUGUGGUUGCUCUGAGUAGUGGCAUGCACCAUUCAGCGAAAUACACCCCAGGUCAACUCUUUAUGCCCGAGGACAAGCACAGCGAAACUACCGUGUACGGGAACUCCAAGUUGUACAACUUGUUCUUCGCAUUCGAACUGGGUCGUCGUUUGGAAUCCGCCGGGAUUUCCAACAUCACCUCGGUUGCUUGUCACCCUGGAGCGACUGACUCGAGUCUCCUUAGCAACGCUGGAAACCAGGGAAUCUUUCUCAAACGCUGGCUUUACAACUUCAUGAACGCGACGUUGACUCAGUCAACUGCGAUGGGCGCGUUACCCACCCUAUACGCCGCUGUCGCUCCUGAUGUGAAGAAUGGGGAUUUUUACGGUCCAGGCGGCAUUGCUUCGAUGAGAGGAUACCCGUCUCUCCAGGAACCCGCAGAGAUCGCGCGCUCGCCUGAAGCGGCUGCUGACGUGUGGGCCACGACGGAAAACAUUCUUGGGUUCAAGUUUAAGAUCGAGUAAGGAUUAUUGUAGAGGAGGGCGCAGGAGCGACUCCAAAAUUAAUCUUUUGCAUAAUCCAUUCAUUUUUUGCAAAGAAAAGAAGCAAGUUGUUUCAGGUGCCGCACCCUCAUUAUGCCCAUAGACACAUCUAGCCCCUCCCCCCUAGAUUUUAACAUGAAAAGUAGAUCGAGCCUAACUAAAAGCAAUGUUGUUCAGGC